AUGAUCAGCUGUUUUGAGGCCUCAGAGGUGAUGAUCAUGUCUGGCCUACGUGAUGUUGUCACGGUUUGCUGCGGGGCUGAAGAGCCUACAUGUGAGAGAUGGGGACAUGCACAUUCACCACUUUUUUCAAAAAAUGGAGAUGUAACUAUUGGAGGAAUUUUUUCAUUUCAUUACACAUUAGAAAGUAAACUAUUGUUUGACAUAAAGCCAGACAUUCCUAAAUGCAUUAAUCUAAUUCAGAGGUUAGAAGAUUUUCAAAUUGCAGCCACUAUGAUGUUUACUAUUGAAGAAAUUAACAACAGGACAGAUAUUCUGCCCAAUAUUUCACUUGGUUACAGGAUUUAUGAUUCUUGUGGUUCUACUCGAACUGCUGUUAAAAGUGCACUUGCACUUACAAGUGAUGCAGAAGGAAAUUGGACUGAAUCUUGCUUGAGGUCUUCUGUUCAUGCUAUAGUGGGCCAUUCAGCAUCUUCACCAACCAUUGCAAUUGCAAGGGCUGUUGGGCCAUUUCAUAUUCCACUGAUCAGUUAUUCUGCUAGCUGUGAAUGUCUCAGCAACAGGCAGGAUUUCCCUACCUUUUUUAGGACCAUCCCAAGUGAUUAUUAUCAAAGCAGAGCUCUGGCACAAUUGGUCAAGCAUUUUGGAUGGACUUGGGUUGGGACAAUCAGAACUGAUACUGAUUAUGGCAACAAUGGCAUGGCCACAUUUCUGUAUGUAGCCCAGCAAGAGGGUAUAUGUGUUGAAUACUCAGAAUUAAUACAAUAUGGCAGUCCCCGGGAAAAAUUUCUGAAAGUUGUGGACGUUAUAAAAAGAUCAACAUCAAAGGUUAUUGUGGCAUUUACAUUUGACUUUGAGUUAAAUGUCCUCAUUAAAGAACUCUUGCAGCAGAAUGUGACUGGCCUCCAGUGGAUAGGCUCUGAAGCUUGGAUUUCUUCCAGAGCUAUUGCCACCAAAGAAAAUUUUAGAGUUUUGGGUGGGGCAAUUGGAUUUGCAGUCCGCAACUCAGUAAUUCCCGGUCUGAAAGAAUAUAUACUUAACAUACACCCAUCAUUCUCACCCGGAUGGAAUGAAUUCUGGCAGGAUGUGUUCAAGUGCAGCUUGAACUCCCAAGAAAAUACAACUUCAUGUACACUGUCUGAAAAUUUAAGACAAGUAAGCAAUGACUACACUAAUCUGUCUGUGCUGAGAAUCAACUACAAUAUGUAUAAAGCAGUUUAUGCCUUAGCACACUCUGUGGACAAUUUGUAUAAAUGCCAAGAAGGUUUAGGGCCUUUCUUCAAUAAGUCAUGUGCAGAUAAAAUGAGGAUUCAACCAUGGCAGGUUCUACAUUACCUGAAAAUGGUUAAUUUCUCAACUUGGAGUGGGGAAAACAUCUACUUUGACAAAAAUGGGGAUCCAGUAGCACGAUAUGAUUUGGUAAACUGGCAAAUAAAUAAAGAGGGCCUUGUCCAGUAUGUACCUGUGGGGCUAUAUGAUGCAUCUUUGCCAAAAGGACAUCAGUUUAUAAUUAACAGUAGCAGCAUUAUCUGGGCUGGUAAUCAAGUGAAGGUGCCAAAAUCUGUCUGCAGCGAUAGUUGUCCAGCGGGCACUCGAAAAGCUGCACAAAAGGGAAAACCAAUCUGCUGUUUUGAUUGUGUCUCAUGUUCUGAAGGGGAAAUAAAUAAUAUUACAGAUUCUGUGGACUGUAUGAAAUGCCCUUUGGACUAUAGAUCAAACAAAGAAAAAGAUGCAUGUGUCUUAAAAGAUACUGAAUUCUUAUCAUACACAGAAAUCAUUAGUUUAGUACUAGAGGGCUUUUCUUUUUUUGGAGCAAGUGCAACAACAGCUGUCAUGGUUGUUUUCUAUAAACACAAGGAGACUCCAAUUGUUAAGGCAAACAACUCUGAACUUAGUUUCCUGCUUCUGUUUGCUUUAGCUUUGUGUUUUUUGUGUUCACUGGCAUUCAUUGGGGAACCCACCGAGUGGUCCUGUAUGUUGCGGCACACUGCUUUUGGAAUCUCCUUUGUGCUGUGCAUCUCUUGUGUUCUGGGGAAAACCAUAGUUGUUCUGAUGGCGUUUCGAGCAACAUUACCUGGUAAUAAUAUUAUGAAGUGGUUUGGGCCAGCUCAACAGAGGUUAACUGUUUGCACUUUCACAGCCAUACAAGUGCUCAUAUGCACUCUGUGGCUAUCAAUAUCACCACCUUCCCCUAUCAGAAACAUGAAAUAUUUUACAGAAAAAAUUAUUUUAGAAUGUGAUAUAGGGUCUGGGGUUGCAUUUUAUGCUGUCUUAGGAUAUAUUGGGUUUCUCUCUGUUCUGUGCUUUGUUCUUGCUUUCCUGGCUCGGAAGCUGCCAGAUAACUUUAAUGAAGCCAAAUUCAUCACCUUCAGUAUGCUGACAUUCUGCGCAGUUUGGGUCACCUUCAUCCCAGCUUAUAUUAGUUCACCUGGGAAAUAUACAGUAGCUGUAGAAAUAUUUGCUAUUUUAGCGUCAAGCUUUGGGCUCCUUUCUUGUAUAUUUGUUCCAAAAUGCUACAUUAUUCUGUUUAGGCCAGAAAAUAACUCAAAAAAACAUUUAAUGGGUAAAAUGGCUUCAAAUUCUCUAUGA